UAACAAACAUUUUUUGUAUCAUUUCUUCUUGGGAUGCGUUGUACGUUUUUCGUAUUGCGCUAACAUAUAUAUACACGUAAAUGUCAGAAAUUGCAGUAUUCGUAAGGUUUGACAGCUCCAUCAACCGAUUUUUAUUUACUUAAACAAACACCGAACGACGAUGGGUUUUCGUUGUUUGAAUUAAUUCACUGUAGAAAAAAGCAAUUAGUUAAAAAAAACAGAAAAAAUGAAUCAAAUCGAGGAUAUAUUUUUUGAGAGUGAUUUUUCGGCGAGUCAACCUCCGCCACAACAGAAUAGCCGGAUAAAAAUGGGUGAAGUGUUUCAGUUGCCAAAUGAACGAUAUGCACUGGUAUGCAUUCAUUGUUCCGAAGAAUUUCAAUAUUUUUCCGAGUUCACUCUGCACGUUCAGGACCAUUUGUCGCGAUUGAAACCACCACAAAAAGAUGAUUCACAACAGACAGCUGAUUUUAACAAAGAGGAAAGUGAAAUCGAUGGAAACAAACAAGACACAACAAUCGAAUCAAGAACAAUUACGCAAGAGCCAAAAGUGAUUGAAAGCAUUGAAAAAAUAGCAGCAGCAAAAGGAGGCUCAAGCAAUUUGAAGGAAGACGAUGAUUAUUCCGAUGAUGAUUUUAAUAAUUUCCUGGACGUCGGCAUGGACGAAGACGACGAUAACAAUCAAGACGAAGAGGAGCAAUCAACAUCAACUGACACAAAAGAAACAGUAUUAAGGUCCAUUAGGAAAACCAAAUCGAUCGAAAAGCCAAAAUUGACAAAACGACAGUAUAAAAAGCGAAUAAAGCCAAAUGCAGUGACUGAUGUGUACGAAGAAUUGCUGGCCAAAUAUGUGAAUUCCGCAGAAGAUCCAAUGGACCCCGUGAAAUUUGAAAUAUUCAAAGCUGACAAAGUGGAUGGACUCUUCCCGUGCAGUAUAAAAGAUACACCUGAAGUUCGAAUGUUGGCCUCAUUUUCGGUGCAUUCGUAUAAAUUCGAAAAACUCGGCAAAGAAUAUUUGUGCCCUGUGUGCAAAUCAACACACCCAAAUCCAGCCUCCGUUCGACGCCAUAUAUUCACACAUGUAAAAGAGCGUGUCCUUCUGUGUGGCUUUUGCCCGGAGAAAUUUCGUGCCAUACGAUAUUUGCGCGGUCAUCUGAAACAAAAGCAUCACAACGAGUCACGGUCAUUUGAAUGUUUCCUGUGCCACAAGGAAUUCACACAUCAGCAGUUCCGUGCGAUGAAAGACCACAUUCAAUCGCAUCAAUUUGCCAAUUUGCACUGUAUGCUGUGCUAUAAGAAAUUCAAGCAAUAUCGUUUCUAUCAACUGCACAUGAUGAACAUUCAUCCGCAAGGCAUUUGUUUGAAGAAUGAAAGUCAGCAGACGCAACAAGAGCCAAUCGAUUACCAUGAGAAACCGGUGAUCACAACGUACGAAUGCUAUUUGUGCCGAAAGGAUUUCCGGGAGCGUCGAUUGUUGAGGAGUCAUAUGAAAUUGCACGUUCAACAGCCACGGUUGUGUUUAGUGUGUGGCAUUUUCUGUAGCAGUGCCACUUCGUUGAGUCGUCACAUGAAACUCCACGAUUCUGACGAAACAAAGUCACAGCAUUUGUGUAAUAUAUGUGGCAAAGGCUUUAAAAUCAGACAGUAUUUGCUGCGCCACAAUCGGAAAGAGCAUCAAUUGUGGGCCGAUAAUCAAGAGCCAAUUUGUCAAAUUUGCGGCGCAUACUUUGAUAAGAAGAGUUUACUGCAUGCACACAUGAAGACACAUCCAUUCGAAGAGACGCGCAAUUUUAUUUGCAGUAUUUGUAAUCAUGCGGCGAGAAAUGCGUAUAAUCUGCGUAGGCAUAUGCAAACGCACAGCAACGAUCGAUCGUUUGAAUGUUCGAUUUGUAAAAAAAGGUUCCAUCCACGCUAUGCUAAGGAUCACAUGAAAUCACACACAGAAUCUCGGAAACAUAAAUGCCCUGACUGUGGUAAGAAAUUCAAACGAAAAUACGCAUUGAAACAGCAUAGUUUUCAACAUGGUGGUGCACCUGAGCAUAAAUGUGACAUUUGCGGGCGUGCCUUCGCACGAACUGAUAAAUUAUUACGACAUCGGCGAAGGCAUGGGAUUCCGCUAAAUUAUCAUUGCAAAAUUUGCCUCAAGGGAUUCAUUUCGCAGAAAUCGUAUUUGCUACAUGAGUCAAGUCACAUGAAAUCAUCCGAAACCGCCGUUGUCGAAGUGAAACCAGAACUUUUACCAACGCAUUGAAAUUUAUCUGUUAUUAUUUCCUCAAUGAGAAAGAAAAAUAUAUGAAAUAAAGUUGAAAAUGUUCAAAAAAAAUAUCACAAAA